CUAUGCUUGAUGACUGCUGAAAGAACAGGAUGGACAGGCGAGCGAGCGGACCAACCAGGGCGGCGGAGCCGCGGAGGAUAGAGACCGCAGCGGCGCGUUCGAUUUCGAUCCGGAUUCCGACCGUUCGACUCGGGCUGGGUCGUACAAAUUCCCGUCCACUUUCGUCGUGCUUGCCCCUUUCUCUUCUUUUGCUAGCGCAGCGCCUUUCCUCGUCCUUUCCUCGGGAAGAACUCGCAUCGCGUGUCUCCCGUCCCCCGAAAUAUCCACCCAAGAACAUCUUCUUCUCCGCCUCGGCUCCAAGCUGCAGCACCGCCCUGCCAAGUCUCCAACCGCCGCCCGCGCCGAUCCGGCGACCCCCUGCGCUCUAACCCCACGCUCAGUCGAUCUGCGCGGCCGCGGCGAUGGCGGAGCAGGAGCAGCGGCCGCUGCUCGAGGUAGAGCAAUGUGUCACAUCUAUACCAGAAGAUCAUGAAGCCACGUGUUGGGGCUGUGGGCUCCGGCUUGUUUUUGCAAGUUAUUCACCUGUCUAUAAGUGUGGCUGGUGCGGAGCAAUUACACAAAGCAACCAGACUGCAAGAAAACCUGAUAGUGUAUGCUUUUCCCACUGGAGGCGUUUACGGGACACGUUCUUUGUGACUGUGCUCAUCCUCUUCAUGCUCUUUGUUAUAUGUGGUGGGGUCUGGGCGGUGUAUCCAAUUAUUUUCUCAGUCAGCAAAUUUUGUGGUAUUUUUCACUGCAUGGUAACAGCUAUCUUGGCUUUAUGCACCAUCACAAGUUAUUGUUUGGCCUCUUUUAAAUCUGCUGGUGCACCAACAAGCAUACGAUGGGGCAGCUAUCCCAUGGUUGGGAAAAAUGAUCUUGAGAACUACACGUUUUGUACAUACUGCAAUAAACCAAAGCCCCCAAGAGCACAUCACUGCCGAUCUUGUAAAAUGUGUGUGGUGGACAUGGAUCAUCAUUGCCCAUUUAUUGGCAACUGUGUGGGAGCAUCGAAUCAUCAAGUUUUUGUGAUUUUUCUGAUAUCUGUGGUUAUAAGUUGUGCUUAUGCUGCUUCAAUGACCAUAUAUGCUAGUUACAAGACAUGGCCCUCUGUCGAUUUCCCAAAUCUAGAAUCGUCUCGUCAUUCAAUGAGUUCUGUGAAAAUAUUGUUGGAGAUCAUUACUACCAUAGCGGGAUCUGCAUUCUUCUUGUCUGCAAGGGGUCUAGUUCUGGUAUACCUAGCGUUUGCUAGUUUAUCAGUCAAUGCUGGUAUAGGUGUCUUGCUGUGCCAGCAGCUUAGCUAUAUCUAUGAAGGAAAUACAUAUCUCAACCAUCUAAGUUCACCAAAUGCCAUGCAUGGAGAGAGAGGGUUGCAGAACAUUGUUAGAUUUUUUGGGUGCCCCUACCCAAUAUCCAGAGCUCUGUUGCGAUACUCAAAUACUGGCAAGUUGCAGGAUAAUUCAGGCUCCAAACUUCUUUAGAGGUAUGCCCCAGCGAUUAUGACUUGUAUGGAACUAUUUGUAUGCCCACAGAAUUGUAAAUCUCCGUUGACCACCAUCAGAUUAGUUUGUAUAAUUGAAGUUGUUCUGGAAUGCAAUACUCAUGAUAAUCCAUGUUCUGGAGAAAGCAUUAGUUCUCCAGUGGAUGUUUCUCUCACAUUGAUUGGCCUGCACUGACAAUCAUAAGGUGCUGAUGGUCUUGCAAUAGAUUGCAAUAUCUGAAAUUCUGCGCAUCGUCACUAUCUUGACGCUUGGUUGCUCCAAAGAAAUGGACAUCAGGAUUGAGUUGGCAAUGGUUUUGAGUGAUGCUAGUUGCUAGGUGGUCGCGGGGG